AUGCCCUCAAUCUUAAAGGACAUUUUGUCAGAAUGGGAGGGGGGGUGUUUCUACACAGUCGAGCUCCUGGCUGAGGCCUACACGACCUUCCUAUUGAACCUCGUGGAGUCCACAGCUGAGGAGAGGGCCGACCUGAGGGUUAUCCCCUUCCUGUUGGUGGGGUACACUGCGUACUCCCGCUUCCAGAAUGGUGACGACCCCCAGGCCGCCCUAACCUAUCGCAUGGCUUUGGCCAUGUGUGGUGCCGGCUCGAACGCCCCUCCCCGCCCUACAACUCCCCCGGCGCGCUGCUCUACUCCACCCGUCCAGCCGCCACGGCCUGCAACACCACCGGCAGGCCCGUCAAGGGGUCUCUCGCCACAACCAGGGCGAUCACGACCACGCUCCCCCUCUCCUCAACCUGGGCCAUCCAAACGACCCAGGGAAGAGGAUGAUGAGGCAGAGGAGCAACCUACCUUGGAGGUGCUCCAAAGCCGCGAACGCCAUCUCAGGCGUUUCAAGGCAUCUUUCAAGGAGGAGGUCAUGUUGGUCCGGGGUCUCGGAAACACCCUCCCCUCCGAGGCCCUUAUGGAGGGCAUGUUUGACACUGCAUUGCAAAGACAGCGCGAUGCCCUCCACGCCAAGGAUGACGAUCGAGCGAUUGUAGAGAUCAGAAAUGGCGAACACGAUGCGAACCCCAUAUGGUUCAGCAUGAGACGUGUAGACCAAAUCAAUGGAAGGGUUAUUUUGGACAAGGUCACCCGUGUAUUGAAUUCAAAUCAGGAAUUCAUGGCCGAUGGACAGUUAAGGAUGUCCUACAUACAUGUCCCUACGCCACGAGCUGGUGGUCGCCGCACCAACAUCGUAGCGAAUGAAUCUAUGGCAGAUUGGUUGGUGAGAAAGCAAAAUCAAAAGUGUGUGUUGCCUCCAGAUAAUGUUGACAACAUGUGUCUCACACGUAGCGUUGCUGUUGCUAUGGCUAAACUUAGGGUCAGUAGAUUUGCCUUUCGUCGGAUGAAAAGUCCAGCAUCAGAUAUUCAGACGGAGAAGGCUGAGUCUCUCUGCACCCAGGCAAAUAUAGACAAAACACAACGCUGUGGUAUUGACGAGGUGCGCAAACUGCAAGAUGCACUCCCUGACUUUAGGUUGUGCGUGUUCACUGACAAGGAGGGAAAAGAGUGCGUUUUCAAGGGUCCUUACGCUGUAGCUCGUAAAAACAUCUACCUUCUUUGGCAUGAUGAACAUUUCGCAGCCAUUUUCUACCCCGAGUCGGCAUUCGAUUACAAAUUCGUGUGCGAAAAAUGUGUUGUCUUCUACAAUAAUGCGGGGGAUCACAGAUGUCCAGGGUCUUGUUGGCGAUGUCUAGGCCCGGAUGAACACACGGAUGCUCUUAGGCGUUGUGACAGCUGCGGGCAUCAAUUUGCAGGGGAUGAGUGCUUUGAAAAUCACAAAACACACAAACUCCCUCACUCACAAUUCACAAAGUGUGAUGCCUUCAAAUUCUGUAAUGGUUGUAAAAGGAGCUAUUCACGAUUAAGAGGCGGGCCUCGUGUGUGUAAUUUUGUGUAUUGCAAAUUCUGUAAGAACAACGUCCUGGAAAACCACCUCUGUUUCAUGCAGAGAUGGGAGGAAAAAGAAAAAACUGACAAAUGGUCCUACCACACGGUGACGUAUGACAUCGAAACUUCCCAAUGUGACCCAGUGGAGGGGCAGCCUGACACAUUCGAGCACAAGCCGAUACUCCUAGUGAGUCAAACUGUGUGUGACGCGUGCGCACACAUACAGCAGAAUGAUUACUUUUGCACGCAUUGUAAGACACGACAACACAUUUUCCACUGUCUUGAUGAUCCUAACAUUAAUGUUAUGGGGCAGUUCCUCGAUUAUCUGCAGUCGUUUCCUGCUAAAUCAGCUUUACUGCUUGUUGCUCAUAAUGCAAAAGCGUUCGAUGCAAUUUUUGCACUUCAGGAAAUGAUUGCUCGUAAACGAAAAGUAGAUCUCACGUUACAGGGGGCGAAAAUAAUAAGCAUGAAGGUGAAAACAUGGAAAUUUAUUGAUUCUCUUAUGUUUCUCCCCAUGCCUCUGAGCUCGAUGCCAAAGGCGUUCGGACUGAAUGAGUUAAAGAAAGGUUACUGGCCUUAUCUAGCCUGUAAACCUGAGUAUUUUCAUUAUGAGGGACCUUUACUUGAUAAGUCGUACUACUGUGUAACGACGAUGAAGUCAAAAGCGGCAGUCGACUUUCAUACAUGGUAUGAUCAACAAAUAUCUGAUGGGUAUGUGUUCAACUUCAAAAAGGACCUUAUAGAUUACUGUACUUCUGAUGUUACUAUUUUGCGUCAGUCAUAUCAUGCUUUCCGUAAGCUCUUCGAACAGUGUGCGGGCUUUGACCCUAUGUUCCACUGUAUCACUUUGAGCAGCGCAUGCAUGUCCGCCUAUCGACGGAACUUUCUACCUCCCAAUAAGAUAGGACUUGUUCCUGACGGUGGUUAUCAUGGUAGAGGUAAACAAAGUCAUGCUGCGCUCAGAUGGCUAGAUUUUGAGGCCCAUAAACUAGGAAUGGUUAUCAAAACUGUACAUACAGAUAGGGAAGUUUCAAUUAUGGGACGCCGUGUUGACGGAUAUGUUGAAAUCCCACACCCUGAUGGUCGUAUAGAGAAACGAGUGUACCAGUUUCACGGGUGUUACUGGCACCACUGCCCGCAACACUUCCCCACCUCAGAUGACGACAAAGAGAACCGUCACGAACGUACACAAGCACUCACUGCUCUUUUUAGAGAACAAGGUUACAAUGUAGUAGAAAAGUGGGAGUGUAAAUUCAACGAAGAGUUGAAGACAGACCCCGAAACAAUUGCAUUUUUUGAGGCUCACCCCACAACAAGGUCACCUCCUCCUUUGCUUAGAGAUGCUCUUGUUGGGGGACGUACCAGUGCGAUGCGCUGGUACCAUAAGGCAGACCUUGAGAAGGGCGAGCGAAUCAACAUGGCAGAUGUUGUAUCAGAGUACCCUAAUGCAAACCUUCGAGGAAAGUACCCAUACGGGCAUCCCAAAAUUUAUCUGGAAGGUGACCCUGACAUUCCUCCUGUUGAGGAGUGGAAUGGCAUGAUCAAGUGUACGGCACACGUCGAUAAUGACCCUAGUGAUAGACAACUAACAAGCUCAUGGUGUGCCCCAGAACUUUUACUUGCUCUGCAAGAAAAAUCAUAUCAGCUUAUCACUGUACAUGAAGUCAACCAAUACCCAGGCACAAUGGUCUAUAAUCCUGAUACUGGUGAGGAUGGUCUCCUAUCGGGCUAUGUCCGAUGCUUCAUGGCAUUGAAAAUGCAGGCAAGUGGGUGGCCACCUGAAUGUGAUUCAGAGGAAAAAAAGGCUGAGUUUAUAGAGGAUAUCCUUAAACAUGAUGGAGUCACACUCGACCCCACGAAAAUGAAGAAGGAUAUGGCUCUUAGGACUCUCAGCAAGCUAAUAUGUAACAGCUUCUGGGGUAAGUUUGGAGAGAAAACUCUGAGACCUAAAACGGUCUUGAUAUUUGACUAUGCUCACUUGAUGCCACUUAUAACAGACACUAGGAAGGAGAUAACAUCACUUGUCGCUCUGAGCGAAGAAUGUCUUCAAGUGACGUGGAAACCGGCAGAGGAUACAGAGGAGACGCUUCCGACCUCUUCACUCCUACAUGCUGCGUUUACCACAUGUUUUGGAAGACUACAAUUGUACAAAUACUUGGAUAUAGUUAAGGAACGUGCCCUUUACUGUGAUACCGAUUCGGUGGCCUAUAUAAGCCGCCCCGGUGAACCUGACCUCCCCACCGGUAGUCACCUGGGUGACCUGACCGAUCAGGUCGAGGAGGAUUACGGCCCGGGGUCGUAUAUCAUUGAGUUCGCGGCUGGGGGGCCUAAAAACUAUGCGUACAAGGUGGCUGUGGGGGGCGAUGUAGCGAACAUCAAGGUGUGUAUCAAGGUGAGGGGUAUCACCAUAAACAGGUCCUGUGAUGAUCUCAUCACUUUUGAGAACCUCAAAGCUAUGGUGAUGGGGGAGCAAGACAAGAUGGUAGUGCCCAUUCCGCGCCAGAUUGCCCGGUUACCGACUUGGAGAAUUGUGACUCGCCCCACGUCAAAAAGGUGGCAAGCCGUGAACACCAAGCGGCGCAGAGUUGGCGUAGAACACACUGUCCCACACGGUUACAAUGCGUGGACUAUGGCUCCUGAGGAGGACCAAGGCCUCCUUGAGGUCAUGGACCUCCUUGGCGACGCCUAA